GACAACGAAGCACUCCUUUGGAUGCCACAAAGAUGCCCGUUACAAUGGAGACAUCCAAAGAACAUUCCAAAAAGAGAAAGAGAAAGCACGGGGGCAGCGGAAACACCGCCCUGACAAGUGCCAAUGCCGCAAAAUCGCUCGUGAAAACCACACUAUCCUCGAAGGGAGAAGCUUCCGCCGAAAAACAGGAGAUGAAAAAGCGCAAGACGGAGCAUCCAUCUCUCAUGGAGGACAGAGUAUCAGAGAAUAUUGUCGAUGAACCUGAAGAAGUCGUCGAGGAGGACAGCGAGGCGUCCCAACCUCCCGUCGAACGAGAUGAUGAGCAAAAAUCGGAAUCUGAACAACAACCGGAAUUACCAUCUUUGAAUGCUCUUUCUUUGCCUCAGGCCGAAAAUGAACCUCAGAAAUUUACCGAGCUUAACCUUUCGGAGAAAACGCUGAAAGCGAUACAGGAAAUGGGUUUCGAGACAAUGACCGAAAUUCAGCGGAGGGGAAUACCACCUUUGAUGGCCGGCAGGGACGUUUUAGGAGCAGCAAAGACAGGCUCGGGGAAGACACUGUCAUUUUUGAUUCCCGCUGUGGAAAUGCUGAGUGCUUUGCGCUUUAAACCGAGGAAUGGAACUGGUGUUAUUGUGGUAUCCCCAACCCGUGAACUAGCACUACAAAUUUUUGGUGUUGCACGGGAACUCAUGGCACACCAUUCGCAAACAUAUGGCAUUGUUAUCGGUGGUGCUAAUCGAAGAGCAGAAGCAGAAAAGCUAACAAAGGGAGUAAAUCUGCUCAUUGCCACACCCGGACGCCUGCUCGAUCACUUGCAGAACACCGAAGGAUUUGUGUUCAAAAAUCUAAAGGCCCUAGUCAUCGACGAGGCAGAUCGGAUCCUGGAGGUCGGGUUCGAGGAUGAAAUGAGACAAAUUGUAAAGAUCCUUCCUUCUGAGGACAGACAGACAAUGCUCUUCUCCGCGACCCAAACGACAAAGGUUGAGGAUCUUGCGCGUAUUUCCUUGCGACCCGGUCCGCUAUACAUCAACGUCGAUCACCGCAAAGAGCACAGCACUGUUGAGGGCCUAGAGCAGGGUUAUGUCAUCUGCGAUUCUGAUAAACGCUUCCUCCUCCUUUUCUCCUUCCUCAAAAGAAACCUCAAGAAGAAGAUCAUCGUCUUCUUCUCCAGUUGCAACUGCGUCAAAUACCACGCUGAACUCCUGAAUUACAUCGACCUCCCUGUUCUUGAUCUUCAUGGAAAGCAAAAACAGCAGAAGCGAACAAACACAUUUUUCGAGUUCUGUAACGCGAAGCAAGGAACUUUGAUUUGUACUGAUGUUGCCGCCAGAGGCUUAGAUAUUCCGGCCGUUGAUUGGAUCAUCCAGUUCGAUCCGCCGGAUGAUCCCAGAGACUACAUCCACCGUGUGGGCCGCACAGCGCGUGGCGCUAAUGGGAAGGGACGCAGCUUGAUGUUCUUACAGCCUUCGGAGGUCGGCUUCCUCAAGCACCUCAAAGACGCCCGUGUUCCAGUUGUGGAGUUCGAAUUCCCAGCCAAAAAGAUUGUCAACGUACAAUCUCAGCUUGAGAAGCUGAUCGGACAGAAUUACUACCUAAACAAGUCCGCUAAAGACGGCUACAGAUCCUACCUUCAAGCUUACGCAUCACACUCACUGCGUUCCGUCUUCGAUGUGAACAAACUCGAUCUCGUCAAAGUCGCUAAGGGCUUUGGGUUUCCUACACCACCAAGAGUAGAUAUUACUCUCGGUGCAAGUAUGAGUCGUGAUAAGAAACAGACCAGUCGCCGGAAUUAUGGAAGUCAGCCAAGGCAUGCACCAAAGUUCAAGAGAAAGACCAGUGAUGAUUAGACAUAGCUAUAAUGUACACUAUAGUCGAUACCCAAUUACUGCGAACAUUAUCACGUCUUAAGAAUAACAUUCAAUCCAGAAAACAAGAUGGGAUAGCAAACUGGACCAUGGGGCAAAUGCUAGAACGCUGUUCAAUAAAGUGAUACUAGUGCGGGUGGCCAUGUACCAGGUUAAAUCUUCCAAGUUCCGUCGCUUUAUAGCACGGCACUUCGCUCAUCCCAGAAGAUGAGGUCCAUCAUUGUUUACCACUGUGAAGCUAUCUAUAUCGCUUGUGAUGCCCUUCCUGUGCCAAGCAAAGUAGUUGGCGGACUUGUCCUGAUAAUACCCAUCACACAGUCUUAAGGGGUUGUUAUUGUAAAGACAUCAUCACCAGAAAAUUUGAGGUCUUAGUUUUCCACAUGAAGUCCCUGCUUAAAAGUAGCCAGCAAUGUAACCCAUCGGGAACAUCUUCUCAAAAACACUUGUUUUGGUCAUGAGAUAUGGUUAUUGUUUUGGGGCUGAUGCUGUUGUUGGGGCUCAGCUAGUAAAUUUAUAGUGGUUUGUGGCCCUGUGGUAUAAUAUGGGUAUUAAAUCAAACAUCAAGCAUGGCUGCAUGGUCCCCUCAAAGAACAACAUACCAAAGAUGAUAAUAAGACCUUUCUGCACAACUUAUUAAGUCAAAUAUUAUAUCAUUGCAAAUAGUCGCCAAAAUGUGAACAUGCGACACUUUGGCUGGGAUUUGACAUAAUUCCCACAUUCGCCAAAGAAUGAAUAGAAAAUCAGGGAUACUAUAUACUAACAUCCCAGUAUGUCUGUUUGGAGUAUUAUAUUCACAAAUAACAUCUUGUUGUAUGUUAGCCUAUGCUAAAGUGC